AUGGCGUCAGCGACCGACCACCCACCCACAUCUCCGCAUCCUGCGCCCGUGGAUGUCGAGAAAGAACCGAUUGUCGAAAACAACGGCAAAGGUCUCAAGAAUGUCCUCGACGAGAAACUCUUGAAGCACUCACACGAUGCCGAUGCGGCGAUGAAGGCGUUCGAGGGCAUGGAGGGCCAGGUUGUGGAGUUGACGGAAGAGAAGAGUAAAGCGCUGCUGAGGAAGAUUGAUAUGCAUAUGAUGCCCAUCAUGUGCAUAGUUUACGGGCUCAACUACCUCGACAAGACCACAUUGAGUUACGCAAGUAUCAUGGGUCUGAAACUCCCUCCUUCGGACAACAUACUAGAAUCAGGUAUCGGUCUAGUCGGAGACCAGUACUCGUGGCUGGGUAGCAUGUUCUACUUUGGAUAUAUCGCUUGGGAGUAUCCUACCACGCGUCUACUGCAAGUCUUGCCACUGGGAAAAUACUCGGCGUUCAACAUCAUAAUGUGGGGCCUCGUCCUGUCCUGUUUCGCAGCCGUAGAAAACUACGCUGGAGCAAUCGCCAUCCGCUUCUUCCUCGGCGUCUUCGAAGCAGCCGUAACCCCCGGUUUCGCCCUCUUCACCUCGCAAUGGUACACCAAGAAAGAACAAGGCUCACGCACAGCCAUCUGGUUCAGUUUCAACGGCUUCGCGCAAAUCUUCGGCGGCUGCGUCGCUUACGGCAUUGCUGUGGGAUGUCGCAAGUACGGAACUAUCAUGGAGCCCUGGAAGAUUGUUUUCUUGGUUACGGGACUGCUUACUACGUGUCUUGGUAUCGCGUUUUUGUGGAUCGUCCCGGAUAACCAGUUGAACUGUAGGUGGUUGAGUAAGGAGGAUCGGGUUUUGGCGAUUGAACGUAUUAGGAUCAAUGCGCAGGGUGUGGGUAACAAACACUUCAAGUGGUAUCAGUUGAAGGAGGCGUUGGUCGAUCCGUUGAGCUGGGCGUUCUUCUUCUACGCGUUGAUCGCUGAUAUCCCCAACGGCGGCAUCUCAAACUUCUUCUCCCAACUCAUCGUCGGCUUCGGCUACACACCCGAAGAAUCCCUCCUCUACGGCACCCCAGGCGGCGCAGUCGAAGUCGUCUUCCUCAUCGCCUGCGGCUGGGCAGGCGAUAAAUACGGCUACCGCCUCCUCAUAUCCAUGAUCGGUCUUACCACUGCUAUGAUCGGCAUGAUCCUCAUCGUCGCACUGCCUCUGGACAACAACUCCGGUCGUCUCGCUGGUUACUAUCUCACCCAAGCCAGCCCCACCCCGUUCGUCGCCUUGCUCAGUCUCAUCUCGAGUAAUGUAGCGGGGUACACCAAGAAGACGACUGUGGCGGCUAUGUACUUGAUUGGGUAUUGUGCUGGAAAUAUCAUCGGCCCUCAAACUUUCCGCCAGCAAGACGCUCCUCGUUACGUCUCCGCCGAGAUCACGAUUAUCGUCUGUUAUGGCGUCUGCUUGGGUAUUAUAGCGUUCGUCCACUUCUACUGCGUCAGGCAGAAUAAGAAGAAGGCGCUGAUUCGUGCUGACCCUGGAUAUGUCAAGCUUGAGAACCAAGAAUGGCUCGAUCUUACGGACAGAGAAAACCCAGAGUUCAUUUACACAUUGUAG